AUGACCAUCCGUACUCUUCCCAACUACUACCCAGACACACAAGAUCUUUACUCUGUAACUGUUGAUGGUGUGAAAAUCAAAACCACUGUAACUAAGGAUGCUGCAACAGUUGAUGACUGGAUUGAACAGGUUUACAGUGAUUACAAAGAUACUUUAGAUCGCUGUACCGAAAAAGAGUCUAGACAGCGUUUCAUUGUUGCUCUUGAUGUGGAAUGGAAACCACCUGCUUUUGGUCCUUACCAUGAAUAUCCGGCAGCAAUACUACAACUCUGUGUUGGUCGUAGAUGUUUGAUUUUUCAGAUCUUACGUUCUGAUAAGGUCCCUAGAUCUCUUCAUUGGUUUCUUGAAGACGAGAAUCUGAGAUUUGUUGGAGUUGGAAUUGAAGAUGUUGCGUUUAAGCUUGAAAUGGAUUUUGAUAUUUGUCUUGGGAAAGCAGUUGAUCUUAGGGAUUUGGUUGCUGGCCGGAACUAUCGUCGGAAGGAAUAUAAGACUUUUGGGUUGAUGGGAUUAGCUAGAGCUGUUUUCCGUUCUGGAGAGAUUGAAAAACCUGCAGAUGUUAGUGAGAGUAAUUGGAGUCAGAAAUACCUUACUCAACCACAGAUUGAGUCUGCUUGUGUUGAUGCUUAUGUUUCUUUCAAGAUCGGUAAUCGACACCGCUUCACUUAUGGUUACACUAUUUUGGAUUGA